GGUGGCUUGCUGUCGAGGAGGUUUUUUGCUUUUGCAGUUUGAAGGGUAAUUUAGCCGGAUCCCAACUCAGGAGCCGUUAGUAACUAAUCUCUUCUUUCACUCACACAUUCAUUCAGGCGUCCGUGCUCUCAUUCAAUGGGCACGUUGAGGGACAACUGCAGUAACUCCUGAGCGCCUACUGUGUACCAGGCAGCGCUCUAAGAGCUGUGCAUAGAUUACCUAAUUUAUCCCUCACAGCAACCCCUUGAUUCAGGUACUAUUAUUAUACUAGUUUGACGGGUGAAAAACUGAGGCCCGGGGCGUUUAUGUAAAGUGGCCAAGGUUAGUUAACUCGCAAGUCGUGAGCCCCGGCACUGGAUUUAAGGGCUCACUGCGCGCUGAUAGGUUCGUUCCAAAGAGGAGGCGGUAACCUAGGUUCUGCUCUUGAAAUUCCUAUUGUAAGAAAAGAUCGCUGAAAAGGACAGUAAGAACUUAGUAAGUUAAAUAUUGUGGCAGUUCCUAGCAUGACUGAGUAGGUCGUGAAUACGUAUUUUUUCAAAACGGAAAUUCCUAUAUCAGGGGAAAGAGAUACAAGGAAGAGAACUUGACGCUGGUUAAAAAAUAAAUAAAUCCAAGCAGUGUUUAAAAAAACAAAAACUUAUUUUUUAAAUGCCUUGUUUGUUAGUAUGGCAACUUUCAUUCUGAAAUGAGGUUUUUAAAAUUUUUCCUCGCAUGAAACUGCUAUUAUUUAUUGUUCUUUUUUGAAAAGCUUGAUAUUGACUAACUUAACCGAGGUUCAUUGUCAAGUAACCUUGACUAUAUAUAGUUUUACGUUGAUUUAUUUACUCACUGUUAAAGAUGAAAUAACCUAGAAAACAGUUAUAGUAAAUAACAAUAAAACCUAUUCCCAAACAAGGCAUGAGUUAUAGUGAAAUAUCAAUUAUCUAUAUAUUAAAUCUGGCCUUCAGAAGUUAGUGAAGUAUAUGGCAUGCAUUUCUAAGAGCCUUUAUACAGACUUCUAAAUACCUAAGGAUUUGUAGUACUUGGGAAUUUUUGCUAGACUCAAAAUGAGGAAACCUACAGUUUGUGUAAAAACAAAAAUCUUUAGGGUAUUAAAGAUCAACCGAAAUAAGAAAACUUGCUCCUAAUACUGAAGUCACACCACACACAAAAAAGAUUAACCAUAGAUAGAACAAUUGCUUAGAAAUUAAUCAAUGUUAGCCUCUUAUUUUCACGUCUUUAAAAAGGGAAAUAUUUUAAUGCAUUAACAUGCAAAAUUUGAUCAUGAAAAAUGAAUCAUCUUAAAAUAACUUUUAAACCCUCCCCCGCCCCCAAAAGAAAAUGACAGAAAAGUAGCGAAGUGAUUCUAUGACUAACUUAAAAAGUUCUCUAAAUUUGUCUAGUGCCAAUUUUCACAUUUUGCUUCAUCCAAAACAAGAGCGAAGGAAUAGAGUACUUUAAACUAGUGAUUUAGUGUUCUUUAACAAACUUCAACAUCAACAGGCAGCGAUGCCACUUUAAGAAAAUUCCAAGGAAAAGACAACCCUAUUUUUAAAUUCCCACCUCUGGCUCCCAAGGAUUGGGUUGUGAACUUCGACAAAUUACUCUUCUCCACUCCCUAUUGGUGCUUGUUCUAUCAUUCAUUAUUCUGCCUGGAGUUUUGUGAGGUACCAGCUUGCUUUACAGAAAAAGGCUGCUCCGAUUUUGUCUGGAACCACCCUACUUUAUACUUUUUGAUGGUUAUCAAUCUGUACAAGGAAUCGUCACACUGAUACAGCAAAUCGGGCUGUCGAGACAGCUGUGUAAUUCGUUGGAAAAAGAAACGGAGAACUUCUCAAGCGUCCAAGACGGACACCUCCCUUCAGACCUCUUCUUCCUUCCACUUUGAUCUGGGCCUGAUCGUGUGCUUCAGCAUUCUACUGGGCAGGUCUGGCAGAAGGAAUAGCAUCAAUUGAUUGGAGCCAGAGGAUAAUGUAUAUAAAAAUAUGCAAGAAUCACAGGACACCCAUCUCUCCAGCCACCUAGAUGAAGUUGUUGCUGCAGUCAGCAUAACGCCCACAGAGAGCACCCCAAGCAAGGGGGCACAGACGGCACUCUUCCAGCCUCCCCGAGAGAAACUCCAACUCUGUGAAGAGAAGGCAAAGUCCUAUUCCAGCAGGCACGAAUAUAAGAAGGCGAUCCAGGAGCGCGUGCGCUGUGUCGCGCUCACAAGGAUUUGCUACGGCGACUCCCACUGGAAACAAGCAGAGGCGUAUGUUAACCUGGCCCAAGGCUACCUCCAGCUAAAAGGACUGUCACUGCAGGCCAAACAACAUGCAGAAAAAGCCAAAGAAAUCCUCACCAGCGCCAUCGUGCCUCCCUAUAACGACCAUACAGAUGUUUUCAAGUGCUCAGUGGAGCUGUUCCACACCAUGGGGAGAGCCUUACUUGCCCUUCAAAAAUUCAAGGAAGCUGCGGAGAAUUUGACAAAAGCUGAGACACUUGCGAAGGAGCUGCUACAAUAUGGAAGGAUCUCAAAGGAAGAAUGGAUGGCGAUUCAAGCGCGGACCAAAUUGUCAUUCGCACAGGUGUAUCAAGGUCAGAAGAAAUCAAAAGAAGCUCUGCCCCACUACCAAGAGGCCUUAGAAUAUAUGGAGACCAGCAAAGGUGACAAAAGUCUCGAGUGCAUUCCUGUAUUGAGGGAAUUAGCAGGUGUCGAACAAGCCCUGGGGUUUCAUGACGCGUCCAUCAACCACCUUUUACAGGCACAUCUCAUCGUCCUGAGCAGGAAGCCCUCACAAGAGGAGGCAACAGUGUCUGCACACUGGGUCGCCCGGGCUGCCGUCACUUCUGUCGCUUCCGGGAGGCCCGAGCACCAUGAUGUGGCCGAACAGUAUUUUCAAGAGAGCAUGGCUAAUCUUAAGGAUGCUGAAGGGACUGGAAAAGCCAAGUUUCUUUCAAUUCAAGAUGAAUACUGCCAUUUUCUACAAGUCACUGGACGAGAAGAGAAAGCAACCUCCAUCCUGAGAGAGUCCCUGGAAGCCAAAGUGGGAGUGUUUGGUGACCUCAGUCCUGAGGUGGCAGAGACAUACCGGCUCCUGAGCGGGGCCGACCUGGCCCAGGGGAACCACAGCGGGGCCCACAAGAAACUGAAGAAGUGUCUUCAGAUUCAAACCCUCUUAUACGGACCGCAGGACAAGAGGACAGUGGCCACCCAGCAGUCAGUGGACGUCCUGUCCAAGGCCCCCGAGAUGGCUGUAAAGCCGAGGCAUGCCCCGAAAGCCAAACCGGCCUUCUGCACCGGCGUGCCCCAGCACACUGUGCUGGGAAAGGCUAGGCCCCAUGCAGCCGACUGACCCCCCCUCCCCAUCCCCCAAACACGGCUGUGGUCAUGCCUGGGUGCCGACGUUCAGGGUGCUGCAUAAAUCUCUCUCCAAUUAGAAGAUGGAACUCAGCCAUCAUUGUACAGAUUUUCAAGGCCAAGUGUUUGCUCCAGCACUCGACAACGCCUCCCGUGGGCCAUUCUGACAGUGGCUUCCCUUUCAGGGGGAUAUGGUGCUUCUAUAUAACAUUUUCCUUCUUACCACCCAAGUGCGUUUUCUUGCCAACACAAAUGUUGACCCAGCAGCAAUAUUGUGGCCGAAAAGCUUCUCUUCCAAAGUUCAAAACUUCCCGUGCAGGAAAAUAGACUAAACACCUGGCUGUACAUGGGUAGCCCCUUGCACUGCACAGGUCUGGAGUCAGACUUGGAGUGAUAAAAUCCUGGGAAAGGCCCUUUCUUAUAGGAAGGUAAUAGGGAUUGAGAAUAAAAUGCUAACAAAAGGACACUUGUAAGUGCUGAGGUCGAUGUGUGCCUUUAAAUGAGGCUCAGAGUUCCAUGAAGCCUGCAAAGGGGACAUAGGGGAAGCUCCCUUCCACUCAUGUGUCAGUCACUCAUAGAACCUGGUUGAGCCCCCCAGUAAUGUCCCAGCUGUGCGUUAAGAACUGGGGAACACAGCACUAAGACACACCGUCCCCAUCCUCUCAGAGUUUGCCACCCAACAUGGACACCAGUUAUGAAACAUAUAAUGGAUGGUGGAAUUAGUUGAUGACCCGAGGGAAAGAGCUGAGUAAAACAAGGUAAGUGAUGAGUGAACAUGACUUGGCCUUAAGGUCAGGGGAGGCAGGCGUAAGUGAAUGGCGGGAGAUGAGCAGGGGUGAGGCUGGCACGGAGAGGGUGCCUUGGGAAGGAUGCCAGCUCCCUGCUGCCUCCUCCUGUGGCCUCUACUCCAGGCAGGACAAACAUGGCUGCCAGUCUGGAGUUUCGUUCUAGAGGUGGCACAGCCCUUGGCCCCCUGCUCUCCCUACUGUGUUCUUGGGUUCAGCAUGUGAGGGGUAGGGAGGGUGGUGGGGUGAGCACCCAUGUCCACAGUGGUCUUUUCAGUCUCCUGGGGGUUGGGGAGAGGGGUCAAUUGAGAAUAGAAAAGUAGAGUGAGAAGUCUUGAGCACCGAUCUCUGUGCUGUCAACGAUGAGCUCAGUGCUGGAAUGAGGUAGAGGGUGGGAGUGGGGUGUGGACAAUGCUGUUCCCUCCCCCGCCCUGCCCCCACCCUCCUAUUCUCCCAUCCCAUGGACUGUGGCCCAGCAAGGCUGCAGCCUGGGCACCCUUCCACUACAACGCCCAGUAGGGAACCCCAGACCACUCCAUUUGUGCAGAUGGCCACCUCAAGAAUUGAAGGGGGCAAAAUAAACCAAAAAGAUCCAUGAUAGAGUGGACAGAGGCAGGGUCCCUUGUCCUCCUUAGGCAUGUCACAGCAACUACAGGCCACCUGACUCAUAUCCACCCAUCCCAGACAGACCUAUGAAAUGAAAACGAAGUGUGACACGUGGUCACUACUCACCAAGUGUCCCAUCUAGUUGAAGACAUGGGUUUUGAGGUGGAUGGUUAGAAUAAGCAUUUUAAGUACAUACCACAUUGGUGUCUGCCAAGGACUGAAUGUUUGUGUCCCUCCAAAAUCCACAUGUUGGAACCCCAAUCCCCAUGUGAUCUCUGGGUCUCUAGGAGGUGGGGUCUCUGGGAAGUUCCACGAGGGUGGAACCCAUGAAUGGGAUUAGUGCCCUUAUAAGAAGACACACAACAGAGAUGUUCUCCCCACCAUGUGAGGACACAGCAAGAAGGCAGCCGUCUGCAAACCUGGAAGAGAGCCCCCCACAAGAACCGAAUCCACCAGCACCCUGAUCUUGGACUUCCCUCUCUAGAACUGUGAGAAAUAAAUGCCCAUUGUUUAAGCCUCCCCAUCUGUGGUAUUCUGUUACAGCAGCCUGAGCAGACUAAGAAAAGCCACGCUGGGUUUUUGAAAAUGUGAAUUCUAAUGUUACUUUUCCCUUCCUUUCUGUAUUUCUUGGGGGAUAAUAUCUUCAGAUCACAGAAACUUAAACACAUUUAGAAAAAUUUAGCUGUCACCUUGAAAAAGAAUGAGUUUUGGAAUAUUCUACCACAUGUCUCCCAUCAAUUAAAUAAGUAAACUCCAAUGUGAGAGGAAGACUAUAGCUAUUUAUGGAUUUUUUUUUUUUGUAAAAGGUUAUAAACAGGUAAGGGUAUCUAACUACUCCGUUGUCACAAACUACCACAAUUUUUUCAAGCUCCCAGGAAACGACCAUGAUUCACCACUCUUUUUGCAUGUGUGCCCAGGACUGUCUGGCUGUAGCGCGGAAAGUCCUGUGUCCCAGGAAGCCCCUCCAUCCCAGGGAAAACGGGAUGGCUGGACACCUGGUGGCUCCAGCCUUCCAGCCUAUGAAUGGCGACAUUCCAACCACAAAUUGUCAAGUCCAUAUGAAUACGGGCCAUUUGGUUUAUGCUUUCUGCCAUGCUUUCUAGUUCUGUGCUGACAAUAUCAAGUUCUGGUUCAGGCAAGGAAUUCAAGAACUGGGCCUUUUCGCAUAUAUCUUCCCCAGUGAUUC